CAUUCAUUCAUUGUAAGAUCGCUUAUCGCUUAGAUAGCGAAUUUUUUUAAACCAAUAUUUUCCUGCGGUUUAUUAUACAAACUUUCAUUCAUUUUAAUUUUUUUUUUUUUUUUUAAAAAAAAAAAUGAAGCAAUCUCUCUUUUUCUUGGUAUUGUGCCUUUUAUUCUUCUCUUCUGUCAUAGAAGCAAAUCUCUUACCAGUGGUGAAUAAAACUACAACGUGUUCUUCAAAAGCGCCAUGUGAAUUAAGAUGGGUGGAAGAUGGAACAGCACCGAAAUUAAUUGAAUUAUCAAAUAUUAAUAUUAAAUUAAUGACAGGACCUAAUGAUAAUCAAAUUGAAGUUAAGGACCUGGGUACAGUUCUUCCAACAGUUGGUAAAAUAUCUUAUAAAAUUGAACCUGGUUUAGGUCCACCUGGAAGAUUUUAUUUUUAUAAAUUUAACUCUGGUGUCGAUGAUGUUUGGUCCACUAGAUUUGUCAUUCAAGAUAUAACGGGUACAAUUCCAGGGUUUGAUCCCUCAUCUAUUAACGCUAAAGGUGAUGUAAUAAACAAAGUUCAAGGAAAUUCUACAAAUUCCACUUCCACGAGCUCAUCAUCCAUAUUAUUAUCAAAUACUUUCACAACCAUGGGAUUAUCAAUUAUUUCAAUGAUGAUUCUUUCUUAUCUAUGCUGAUUGAUUGCUUUGUUUAAUCUUUCCCUAUGUAAUUUUAAUAUAAUAUAUAUAUAAUGUACCAAAGAAAAUAUUGUAAUCACUCUUCCUCCCUCCCUUUUUCUUAACUUUUAUAAUAUUAAUAUUAUUGGAUAGAAUUAUUUGUUUUUAAUAUUUUAAUUUGUCCAACAUAGCGUUAUAUUUGAUUGUAUAAUAAAUAUAAUAUUUUCUAGAUUAGGUCACUUAAUUGUUAACGAAUGUCCA